ACCGUCAUUCGCACGACUACACUCGCCAUGUGGCUCACCUGUAUCUUCGUCGGCUGGCUCGAAUUCUUCAGACUUGCGCCAAAAGGCACGCGCGACUGUGUCGAAUCACUCAGUGUAGCAGCCGCUUCCCUCGGAGAAGGCGGCAAGCUCGGCAUCUUUACGCCCAUGCAGAUGAUCAUUGCCCGCAAACCGGAGUGACAACCUGUUCAAUGCAACCUUUUGCGUCAUUCCGUCGUCAUGCCACUUGAGUUUCGUCGCAGCACUCCUAUCUCGCGAAAGAUCGUACCACUUUCCAUCCUUGUAUCGGCAAGCAUCUUUUCCUCACCUCGCAGCAAGAGCAGCGAGCAUGGUGCAAGCGCCCGCCGUCAAUGGCAAUCAGCUCGUGCAGCGUCGCAAGGAGUUGCGCUCGGAGGAUGGCAUGCAAAAUUAUUGCGACUACUUUGCCAAUGGAAAAGUCGACCAACUCGGUCAAGGGACAAUCGAACAAGAAUCAAAGCGGAUCAAAGAAUACAAGAACGUCGUUGCGAGCUACUAUGAUGGCGUGACGGACAUCUUCGAACAAGGCUGGGGCCAAAGUUUUCACUUUUGCACUUUCUACCGGGGCGAGCCAUUCGGUCAAGCCAUUGCACGUCAUCAACACUAUCUCGCUCUCCGCAUUGGCAUCACGCCAGGAUCGAGAGUGCUGGAUGCCGGAUGCGGUGUUGGCGGGCCAGCCACCGAGAUCGCUCGCUUUACCGGUGCACACGUUACAGGCGUGACGAUCUGCAAGUAUCAAGUUGCAAAGGCCAACAGGUACGCCGCAGAAAAAGGUCUGUCUAAGCAGCUACAGUUCGUCCAUGCCGACUUUAUGUCGCUCGUCGAUACAUUCGGAGAGAACUCAUUCGAUCACGUCUUCGUCGUCGAAGCAACCGUCCAUGCACCCGACUGGCUCGCGUGCUACACCCAAAUCAUGCGCGUCCUCAAGCCAGGCGGUACAUUUGGCGUAUACGAAUGGUGCAUGACCGAUCGAUAUGACCCUGCCGAUGCCAAGCACGUAGAGCUCGCACGUCAGAUCGAAUUUGGCGAUGGCAUACCUCAGCUUCGCACGAUUGCCGACUGUAAGGCUGCAAUCAAAGGGACCGGCAUGGAGAUUGUCUUUGAGGAAGACCUCGCCGAACGUGAGAUGGGCAAGCCCUGGUACUACCCGCUCUCGGGCGAUAUCAGACAAGUGCAAAGCUUCAUGGACAUCUUUACCGUCAUUCGCACGAGCAGUGUCGCCAUGUGGCUCAGCUGUCUCUUUGUCGGUCUGCUCGAGUUGCUCAGACUUGCGCCCAAAGGCACGCGCGCUUGCGUCAAAUCGCUCACAGUGGCAGCCUGGUCGCUUUCCGAAGCUGGCCAACUCAAGAUCUUCACGCCGAUGAUGCUCGUUGUUGCUCGCAAGCCGCUCGCUGCCGAGUGAGUGUCAAUGCGUAAUGGACAUGCAUACAAGUCUGUGUUCGGUGGCUAUACAUGCGCUGGUACCGGGAUGCCAUCGAGGUGCAACAGACUGGC